UGAAGCUAACCUUUAAAUAAUCAGAGAAUUUACAAUGAAUCACCGUGAAGUAAACAAAACUAAUAAAUUUAUUAUAUAAAAAUUUUGCUUAUUUAUAAUAUUACUAAUGGUAGUACGAAGUCGUGGAUAACACUUGAAAUUAAAUUAUAUUAUGGCCCAAUAUAAAAUGAAUAUUUUAGAGAAUAUAGAACCUCAAGAAAGACUAAAACAAUUAAUAAAUUAUAGCAACACAGUCGAAGUGGAUUCACAUGUUCCUCCUAUUAGAUAUUAUCGUUCUGGUAUAGAAAUGGUCCGCAUGGCUAAUGUUUACUAUAACGAAGGUAGCUUAGAAAAUGCUUAUGUUCUAUAUUUAAAAUUCAUGACUUUAUUCCUGGAAAAAAUUCGAAAGCAUCCCGAAUUCAAUACCGUACCGGUUGACGUGAAGGCACGAAACCAAUGCAAAUUAAGGGAAAUUUUGCCGAAAGCUGAGAAAUUGAAACAGCAGCUACUUGAGCAGUACAAGGAUGAUUAUAACAGAUAUUUAGCAGAAGUGAAACAUAAAAAGGAUGAAUUGGAAAAGAAGAAAAAAGAUCAAACUAAAAAGGGUGAUAAAUCAAAAUUGCGGCCUAGCGAUCAUGGUAUUUAUUCAAUUCCAUCGAUAGCUAAGGUACCAGGAAGUAUAGCCGAUGUUAGUUAUCCUGAUUCCCUCUCAAAUAUACCUGUCACUCCAACACCCUCUGCGCCACCACCACCACCUACGACCGUAGGAUCCAAAAACAGAACUGAAGAUGUGCCUAUGCCAGUUAUUGAUCGUUCCAAUAAGCCUUCUGAGAUAAGCGUCCGGGAAAGAUACGACACGAAAGUCCUUAGGCGAGUCAUAGUGCCUGUGAAAGUUAUGACCUUAUUCCAAGCCAUGGCCCAGACUAACACUCACAAGAACAUCGAGACGUGUGGAGUGCUAACUGGCAAAUUGGAGAGGAAUGAGUUGAUUAUAACUCAUAUGAUAGUGCCGAAACAGAAGGGCACCUCCGAUUCUUGUAUGACGAUGAACGAGGAGGAAAUAUUUGAUUACCAGGACCAACACAAUUUGAUCACUAUCGGGUGGAUUCAUACUCACCCAACUCAAACAGCAUUCCUUUCAAGCGUAGAUCUGCAUACUCAUUGCCCCUAUCAGCUGCUCAUGCCCGAGGCAAUCGCAAUUGUCUGUUCGCCUAAGUAUAAUGAAACUGGGUUUUUCAUUCUCACCCCAAGUUACGGACUACCAUUUAUUGCUAAUUGCAGAAAAACUGGUUUCCAUCCUCACCCCACAGACCCUCCACUGUUUAUGGUGGCGGACCACGUUCGAAUUGAAAAUAAUGCACCUUUAGAAGUAUUGGACUUACGUAAGGCCUAGAGCAACACCAAAGAGCUUGUCGAUGUACCUAUAUUUAUUAUAGCUUUUGUAUGUUCCAUAAAAUUUGUACUAACUAACAUUGGUCAACACGACUGUGAUUUUACUACAUUAUUUAAAAGAUUAUAGUUUGCAUACAUAUACAUUUAUUAAGAAAUAAAAUAUUUUCGUUUUUAGAUAA